AUGUCAAACCGUCUUCGUGUAGCUGUUCUCGUGUGUGACACCCCAAUUCAGCCAGUCCUCGAGCAAUAUGGCGACUACCAUGCUAUCUUCCAAGCUCUGAUGAAGCAAGGUUUCAAAGACUUGGAGUUAUCAGACGAAAUUGAUGUGGAAUUCAGCGGUUACCAUGUGGUAAACAAUCCUCAGUUCCCUGAACUGCGAGACUACGAUGCCUUGCUCAUGACCGGAAGCAAACAUGAUGCCUGGGCCGACGAUGAGUGGAUCGUCGGUCUCACGAGCUACGUGACGAGUGUGUUUGAAGCGAAGAAGCCUGUAGUUGGCAUCUGCUUCGGACACCAGAUUCUCGCACGAGCACUGGGGGCCAAAGUGGGAAGAAGUGAAAUCGGAUGGGAGAUCUCUGUGGAGGAGCUCAAUUUGACCGAUACCGGGAAGAAGUUGUUUGGAAAGAACACACUGUCCAUCCAACAAAUGCAUCGAGAUAUUGUCUUCGAUAUCCCGGCUGGCUGCACCAACCUUGCGACAAGUCCGAUUUGCGGGGUCCAGGGUCUUUACUUGCCACAGCGAGUGUUGUCGGUGCAGGGGCAUCCUGAGUUUCACGAAGGAAUCAUGUCUAGUUUGCUAGAAGUGAGGCAUGCAAGCGGUUUAUUCAAUGAUGGAUUAUAUAAGGAUGGGUUGUCGCGUGCGGGGAAUCCUCAUGAUGGGCGAUUGAUAGCGAAGGCAAUGGCGAAGUUCAUUGUGGAGGCACAAAGUAGCAAAUCAUAA